AUGUCUGAUAAGAAACUGAAGCAGCUGUUGACUCUGUCCCAGCAACAACAGCAGCAGCAGCAGCAGCAGCAGUCCGGGAAACUCCUCCAGGUGAUUCAGAACUUCUUCACCAAGACGUCCCAGGUGAUAUUGCAGACGCGAUCGGUGGCGGACCCUACGUUGGUCAACUACAGUGGUGUGGCGGACUGCUUAGGUGAAGGUGACCGCUCCUCGAAGACCAACAAGUGGUUCAACUUGAACAUAGCAUCGUCCAGCGACGAUUGGAUUAAGGACGAGAUGAAACUCUGGAAGUCUUUUUCCGACGUGCUGCAACUUCACCCCAUGAUCAUAGAAACCUACUUGGACUUGCGGCAGCUCGACCCAAGAGAAACAGUGGCCUUGGAAGAUGACACGGGCAACUCGUGGACAGUCGCCAAGGGCGGCCUUAAGAAGCAGGAGGUUGUCGUGGAACGCUGGCUCAUUGAGUUUGACCGCUCUGCAUGCUCCGAUGCUGCUUCAGAUGAGCUUCCGCUCAUAUAUAAGCAGGCCAUCGUGUUACUUAGGGUCAUUUACGGGUACGCUCGUCUCCUUCCGGCUUAUAAACUCAGAAAGAUUCUCUGCCAGCAGUCCGGCAAAGGAUUGGUGCUCAAGAAUAAGAUCGUCGAUGGUAAACAGCCCAUCAGCUCCAAGGGACGCAUUGGCUUGUCCAAGUCAAUCAUCCCCCAUCAGAUGCUCCUCACAGAAUCACACAUGACACAGAAAUCUUUUGAGCCCGUGAAGACCACCACUGGCUCCCUCAGAGUGUCUGUAGCUUACCGCAACCACUACCGUUUCACCGUUCAGGAUAACGAGGAGGUGCUUUCAAACCACUUCUGGAACACCGACCAGGAGAAGUUGGCAGCGCUGCUUGAGCGGUCUCGCAUCUCGGACUCUACCCUGAACUCUGCAUUGGACUCCCGCUCGGCUUCGGCGUCUCAGGACGAUCCCCAUAAGCCAUCCGCGUCAAAAGAGCCCACCAACUUUGCAUUACAACCCGCUACAAAGCGGUCCGUGCUGCCUUGCACAUCAGACCACCCUUCUGAGCAGCACGAGGAAACAUCUCCUACGUCCAAAACCCUGGCAGGCCGUCUCAAGCUGGUCUCAUACGCCCUGCCGGCUGCUAACGUCCAGAGACCUAGCAUCCAGCCUUUCAAGGUUGGCUCCAUCAGCAACUCGCCUCCCAGUGGGAAUAUGUCAUUUGCUUCUGGUGCUGCUGGAAGCGCUGUGGCUUCUUCAAUGGAGAGAAGAAUCUCGAUCACAAGCAACAAGUCUGGAUCCAAUGCUUCGCUUGCAGCGUUAUUAAGAAAUCCUCGCGGGUCUACAUCAUCCUCAAACACUCCCACGGUAGCAAUAUCCGGAUCUCAUGGAAAUACUCAGGGCGGCGCUUUUCCUAGGUCCAUCUCGUCAUCCCAUGGCUCACACUUGCAUGAUGAUCUCAAUGAAACAUACUCCAGCACCCCUAGGUUUUCAUCAUCGUUUGGCUCCAGGCAAAGCAGACGGUUCAGCAAUACCAGUGCUCGAAGCUCACUCGCCAACGAGGCUGGUGCGUCAUUGUACGGAGCGAGUGUCGAGCUGACCACCUCCUCAGGUGCACCCCUUAGCGGUCUCUACUUGGACGACGACAUCAGUACAUUUGUCCGGAUGAUUGACUGUAAGUCUGACCUCAGACUUAGCAGCACGCAGGCGUCAAAGAUCAACUCUAGGCAAACUGAUAGCAACUCACUGAUUGACGCUUUAAGUAAGUUCCAACUGUUGAAAGGUCAGCAUCAACAGUUGAGUGACUCUGUAAACGCCAGUGUGAUAUUUCACUACAACCAAGGAAGCUCUAUCCAUAGUGGCAAUUCACGAGGCACUAGUCGUCCCAGCAGCCGCAAGUCGUCACAUUCUAGGCAAUCUCCGUCACCAUCAAUUUCUCCUGGCUCCUAUGACAACCACUUACCAUCUAUCUCAUCAAAGCUUGAGCUGAACCAUCUGGAGCAUAGCAUGACCAACCACAGUAGGUCUAGAAGGCCUCUGCAGAUCAAUACCUACACCAGAACGUCAAGAUUGGCUUCCUCGCCUACGAUGUCAAGCACUUUAGCCCAUGCAGUGCACAGGUCCGCUGGCGAAGAGGUCACUGGAAUGGCCACGACACCAUCUGCCUACGAUCGGGUCAAGCGUCCCAUCAAGUACGAGGAUGUGUUUGACGAUGACGAAGAAGAGGCUAGUGACUACUUCAUGAGAAGAGUUGAGUCUGAUCCGACCGGAUCCCGCACGCACGACGAACCUGGUUUCGACAACGACGAUUUGCUCUUUGAAAUGACCGAUACAAAGUAG